AUGUGGAAGCACUGUGGUACUGCUGACGACUUGGGAUAUUUUGAUGUUGGAUAUCGCAACAGAUCUGUUAUCAAAACACCGAACAUCGACAAGUUAGCUGCGGAAGGAGUGAAAUUAGAACGACACUAUGCCCAACCCUCGUGCUUGCCAUCAAGAGCCUGUCUGAUGAUGGGUAGAUACCAGAUACACACGGGUUACAGAGAUGAAUGUAUGAACGACACACGAUAUCAACGUUGUAUGAACCACGACAUUGUAACACUGCCAAUGAAAAUGAAACAGAAUGGAUAUGUCACUCAUAUGAUUGGCAAAUGGCAUUUAGGAAAUAAUAACUGGGACUGCCUACCAAAUGCUAAGGGAUUUGAUACGUACUUUGGUUAUAAUGCUGCAGCAGAAGACUACUAUACGCAUAUGUUGUCUGGGCGCCAAAACUGUAGUGACUUGUGGAGGGACCGUAUGGACGUCGCUGACAAAUAUAUCGGUCAGUAUUCUACGCGUAUAUUCACCGAAGAAGCUGUGAACAUUAUUGAGAAUCACGAUAUUAGCCAGCCCAUGUUUAUGUAUUUAGCGCACCAAGCUGUCCACGCCCCAUUGCAAGUUCCACAGGAAUAUUACAGCUUGUACGAAACUACUCUGAAUGAUGUUAGGCGGAAGUAUGCUGCCAUGGUAACGUGCAUGGAUGAAGGGAUCGGUAAUGUCACUGAAGCUUUAAAAGAAAGUGGGAUGUGGGAUAAUACCGUGCUGGUAUUCGUAUCAGACAAUGGUGGAGAGCUUAGUGCUGGGGGACGAAAUUGGCCUUUACGUGGCGGGAAAGGUAGCGUGUUCGAAGGCGGUAUACGCACGGUUUCGUUCGUUACCAGUUCAUUGAUAGAACGCCCCCAACGUAUAAGUAACGCCAUGAUUCAUAUUACGGAUUGGUUUCCAACUUUGACCCAUCUAGCUGGAGGCACGAUUGAUGACGAAAUGGUGGAUGGAAUUAAUAUGUGGGACACCAUAAGUACGGGCAGUGUGGAACCACGAACAGAAUUACUCAUCAAGAUAUCGCCACCUGCGAGAAUCACGGAGGUCGGAAUGGAUCCUUGGCAUAAAUAUGAUGUAUUCGAUGCCUGGUUGAACUCUGCUCUUUUUGUAGGAAAUUGGAAACUUGUGACCAAUGAAGCAUAUUACGGUGGAUACCCAGUGCCACCUGAACUUGUACCAAGGGUUAGAAAGGAGACAAUCGCUCCACCGGAAUCCAAACGUGGUAAAUUGGUGUGGUUAUUUCACAUCGUUGAAGAUAGACGAGAAAAACACGACCUUUCCAGUCAACGACCCGACGUUGUUUUCAGAAUGUUGGAAAAAUUGAGACAAUACCAAAUUCAUACUCUGGGCUGCUCAACACGCUACGAUCAUCUGAAUUGUAAUGAGAGAGGUCAUCGUUGGGGACCGCCGAUCGGAAGUUGA